CGGCAGUUUUUGCGAUUGCCUGAAGCCGUACGCAUCGCUCGAGGCUGCUCACGUAUCCUCCAAGCCUGUGCCCAACGCGUCGCGGCGAUCUGCACGCAUCUUUUCGCACAUUUUGUGCCUGCCAGCAGCCUGUGGACAGCAUCAGCACACAGCAGCGCGCGCGGCGCUCGCGGAUCAGUCUCAAACACACCUCUGCAAUACCCAUAUUCAGCAAAACCAUGGCCCUCCCGAAGCUUGUGGUCUUCGACCUCGACGCCUGCUGCUGGUUCCCCGAGAUGUACAUGGUCCGCCGGGGCCCGCCCUUCACGAAGACGAGUGAAAACGCCUGCGCCGCGUCUGAUGGAGAGGCCAUCAAACUGCUGGGCCAGACGCGGAAAGUAUGGGAAACGAUAAGUAAUGGAGACGAGUGGCAGGACUGCAGGGUUGCCGUGGCCAGCAGGUGCGACGAGCCGGACUGGGCGAGACAGCUACUGAAACUGUUCACGAUAGAUGAUGGGAGAAGCUUCUGGCAGGCCCUGGACGACGGGCGCCUCGCGGAGAUCUAUAAAGGCAACAAGAAGACGCAUCUGAAAGCACUAAAACAAAAAACGGGCGUCGCCUUCGAGGACAUGUUGUUUUUCGAUGAUGACCAAGAGAACAUUAGGCAUGUGUCGGAGCUGGGCGUCGUGUCCGUGCUGACGCCGGAGGGCGUCACGGCGGACGCCUGGGAGCAGGGCCUGCGCCGCUUCAUGGAGGCGAAGUUAUACGAGAGGCGUGGCGGUGCCGGGCCGGGCUACGGGAAGACGUACUCUAAGUGAUAUUGUGUA